CGGACAUUUGCUUCGAAACUUGCAGAUUGGAGGUCAUCAUAGUGAUAAUGAUUUUGCCGUGAGAGGCAAGGAACCUAAAGAUGAGGUCCAGAUCUAUACAUGGAUGGAUGCUACUCUGCGUGAAUUAACUGAUCUGGUUAAAGAGGUAGCUCCAGAAGCAAGACGAAGAGAUGCAAGUUUAUCAUUUGCUUUUGUAUAUCCUGAUAAACGAGGGCGGUUUGUGGUUAGAGAGGUCUGUCUCCCAUCUCUUAUAUAUGUGUUAAU